AUGGCGGCGCUUCCCCCGGGGCCAGGCCGCGCGGAGCUCUUCAGCACCGUGGUGGACGCCUUCCUCGAGAAGCUGCUGGCGGCCGGGAGCUACCAGCGCUUCGCCAGCUGCUACCGCGGCUUCUCCAAGCUCCAACCGGAGCUGGCCAAGAGCAUCCACAACCAGUUCGUGAUCCAGCUCCGGGCCUCCAUCAGGGCGGAGAUCCAGGAGGUGAUGGAGGAAGGGAACCUGAAGGCGGUCCUCGACUCCCUCGAUAAGAUCGUGGAGGACGGAAAGAGCCAGGAGGAGCCUGCGUGGCCGCCCACUGGGGUCCCUGAGGACGACUCCCGCAGCGCCCUGGUCCUCCUCCUCCAGCACCGCUCCCGCCUGCUCCGCGCCCUCCGCUCGCAGCAGGAGGGGAACAGGAGCGCGGCCGCGGCCGUGCUGCAGGGAAGGGGCCGCAUCCGGGACCUGCAGCAGCGGCUCCAGGCCCACAGCCGGGGCUGGCAGGCGCUCAAUGAAGAGCAGCAAGAGCUGGUCCUGAGCCUGCAGGAGCCGCGGUGA